AUGUCAGAGCAUCCCAACCCCAACUUGGAAACAGAUCAUCUAUCUUCGUGCCCAUGGCAGGAUGGGCACCUGAUGGUUUCCGGGGCUUUCUGGUGCUGUCUGACUCUGCUGUUGCGGCCGGCCACCUGUAAAGGUCGCUGCUGGGAGGCUGGGAGGACCUGGCUUGAUUGCUGCGCCCCUUUGGGAGAUGGCGACAAUAUUUGCUUCAAGGAGGACAGCAUCCAUGAACACUGCUGCUGGUCCUCGCCGGAGUUGGAGCCUAUGUCCACGGAUCUCUUCAGCUGUGCAAACGACCCCGCCCUGCGGAGGCAGUACUUCCGCGUUGCUCACGCGCAGCUUGGCCUUCGCAAGGAUUGCAGCAGCCUCAUUGCGUGCAGGGCUUUUCCCACGGGCUGGGUGGCGGUGUGGGGUGAGGAGGCCGAGGAUCUUGAUCUUGAUACACCCACGUGUGAGCAUGGACCUGUAAGCCCUGGCUUAAACUUCGACAACCGCAUGGAGCUCUGUGCCAUGCUGCCGCCGCUGGCUCCGGAGGCCUGGUACGAUGCUGAUGGCUUAGAGCGCGCCCAGCUGAGGUACCGGUUUGGCAAGGCUCAGCGGAGCCAUUGCGCCGUGCCGAACUGGCUGUACCUGCGCGAGGAGCCGUUGAGACUCUACUCCCUAAUCAGGGCCAGGUCCAAAGUCCUACCGCGGAUCCUCAUCAACAUCGGAGCUGGGGAUGCGGACUCAGACGAUCCUUUGGGCCGAAUCUUGCAGGAAUUCGCGGGGGCGGGGCCGCCUUGGAAGGGCAUUUACUUUGAGGCCAUGCCAGAUAACUGCGUCAGGGCUAGGUCCAAGCUGGCAGAAACUGGAGCCAUCCAUUUGCAAUGCGGCUACACCACGCCUGAUCAUGUCCUCGAGACGAUCUGUCAAGAAUUAAGUCGACAAGAGGUUCUGGGAAUUGAAGCGGUUUGCCAGGCAGCUGGGGUGCGAGAUUUCGUCUCCAGCGAUGCCGUGCCGGAGGGCACGCGCAUAGAGGUGGAUGCAAUGAAUUUUGACAUUGAUUCUUACGACUGUUCGGUGAUGCGUGAAGCUCUUCGUGUUGUCAGUCCCAAGCUCAUCAGUGUGGAGACGGCGGCCUUCCCACCCCCCAUUGUGGUUUCAUCGGAGUUCCAUCCGAAUUUUCAAGCGUCGGAGAAGAAGAACCUCUCUUCUGUUCAUGCCAUUGCUGGCGGAACCCGAAGGGACGGCGGCUUUUACCCAGGAUGCUCCCUGAGUGCUGCUAUCUCUAUCCUUUGGCCUAACGGCCUGGGACUGUACCGGAUGGCCGGUCGAGAUUCACUGUUUGUCAGAGGGGAUGUAGCGGAUGAGAUUGGCCUGUCAGAAAGGGAAGGUGAAUCUUGGCAGCCCGCUGAUGAGUUCGACUGCUGGCGGAAUGUUUGCGCAGACCUGGGCUUGAAGGACAACCUUAUCAACCUCACUUCCAUGGGUGUCCAUGACCAUCUGAUCCCCCGCAUAUAUGAAAUCAUGCAGACCAAAUAUGAGCACCUGUGGCUGCUGUUGAAAUUCUAA